AUGGACGAGAAUCGUGUAGAUAAAGUUUCUAUUGGUUCUGUAGAUGCUCAACAACUCCUGCAAAUUGCAACAUCUUUUGACAAUGCAACAAAAAGCGGAUAUCAGCUGGAAACCUCUAUUUCCACCAACAAUGCCAACAAUGAACAAGAAGAAGGUGUGACAUCAAACAUAUCCGAGUCAGACUACACUAAUUUGGGGUUGGCAUUCAAAACCAUUGAGGAAACAAAACAAUUCUACAAGAACUAUUCUCACGAUCUUGGCUUCAGCGUGAGAGACAUGGGAGCUGUCAAACGUUCUACAAAAAGACAGCCAACCAAAACAGCACGAUAUGCUAGGUAUUGCUGCAGCAAAGAAGGAUACAAGACGACAAGCAAGUCAAAUCCCAAGAAUAAAGGAUCAAUCGAUGUCAAGGCUUAUCAACGUGCUGUACCAGAAACUAGAGUUGGCUGCCCAGCUAUAAUCAAAUUCAGAUAUGAUAUCACGAAGGAUGAAUGGCUGAUGGACAAGUGGAUAACAGAACAAAACCAUGAUCUCCUCCCUCCAAAAUUCAAACAUCUGUUGAGGUCAAACAAGGGGAUCUCAGAAAUGCAUGCAAUGGUCGCACAAGUGCAUGCAGAUUGUGGAGUUUCACUACGGCAAUCAUAUGAGUUGUUCACCACAACUUCAGGGGGGGGGGGGGGGUGA